AUGGAUGUGGCCAACAACACUACCUCCUCAGCGCGCUCCUCCGAGGGGACAAGCGGCCCCGGCCUCGCCGAGAUGACCCUGGGCUACCAGGUGCUCACCUCCCUGCUCCUGGGCACGCUUAUCCUGUGCGCCGUGAGUGGCAACGCCUGCGUGAUCGCAGCCAUCGCCCUGGAGCGCUCCCUGCAAACCGUGGCCAACUAUUUGAUCGGCUCGCUGGCCGUCACCGACCUCAUGGUCUCCGUGCUGGUGCUGCCCAUGGCGGCCCUCUACCAGGUGCUGAACAAGUGGACGCUGGGGCAGGUCACCUGCGACAUCUUCAUCUCGUUGGAUGUGCUUUGCUGCACCUCUUCUAUUCUGCACCUGUGCGCCAUCGCCCUGGACAGGUACUGGGCCAUCACGGACCCCAUCGACUAUGUUAACAAGCGAACUCCGCGGCGGGCGGCCGUGCUCAUCAGCCUGACCUGGCUUAUCGGCUUCUUGAUAUCCAUCCCUCCCAUGCUGGGCUGGAGGACGCCGGAGGACCGCUCGAACCCGGACGCCUGCACCAUCAGCAAGGACCACGGGUACACCAUCUACUCCACCUUCGGCGCCUUCUACAUUCCGCUUCUUCUCAUGCUGGUGCUCUACGGUCGUAUCUUCAAGGCGGCACGCUUUAGGAUCCGAAAGACAGUAAAGAAAGCAGAGAAGAAAAAAAUCGCCGACACCUGCCUCACUCUCUCUCCGGCCGCCGUGAAGAAAGGCAACGGGGAGCCCGGCAAGAGCUGGCGGCGGACUGUAGAGCCCAAGCCCGGUGCUUUUGUCAACGGCGCGGUGCGGCAGAGCCAGGACGGGACCGCCCUGGAGAUCAUCGAGGUCCAGCACUGCAACAGUUCCUCCAAGACUCACCUGCCGCUGCCCAGCGAGGCGUGCGGCUCCCCACCGCCGCCCUCUUUCGAGAGGCGCAACGAGAAGAACACGGAAGCCAAACGGAGAAUGGCUCUGUCCCGGGAGAGGAAGACUGUCAAGACCCUGGGCAUCAUUAUGGGCACCUUUAUCCUCUGCUGGCUGCCGUUCUUCAUCGUCGCCCUGGUCCUGCCCUUUUGUGACAGUAAGUGCUACAUGCCCCAAUGGCUGGGGGCAGUCAUCAACUGGCUGGGUUACUCCAACUCCCUUCUCAACCCCAUUAUCUAUGCCUAUUUCAACAAAGACUUCCAAAGUGCUUUUAAGAAAAUUAUCAAGUGCAAAUUUUGCCGGCAGUGA